AUGGCAACUCCACAGAAUGUUGAGAUGGAGGCUGCCAAGUUUCUGCAUAAACUUAUUCAAGAUUCUAAAGAUGAGCCAGCCAAGCUCGCUACUAAACUCUAUGUGAUACUUCAACAUAUGAAAUCGAGCGGGAAAGAAAAUUCAAUGCCAUAUCAAGUUAUAUCUAGGGCCAUGGAGACUGUCAUCAACCAACAUGGUCUUGAUAUUGAGUCAUUAAAGUCAUCACGUCUUCCUUUGACUGGUGGUCCUCAAAUAGGAUCUUCUUCACAAGUAGUGGGUGGUGCAAAUGAUUCGAGAGCAGGCUUGGCUGAAAAUGAGGCUCCCAAAAUGGAACCCUUUGCUACUGGUCGACCACCAAUUGCCCCAACUGGCGGAGCUCCUGAUUAUUAUCAAGGAACUGUAGCUCAAAGGAGUAAUCAAUCUUUUGAUCAAGGAAGUCCAACUAGUUUGGAUUCUAGGUCUGCUAACUCACAGUCACAAGACAGACAGGUGAAUCAAAAGGAUGGUAAGAAAGCUAUCCCAAAAAGGAAGAGGGGAGAUUCAACAUCACCUGGGGAAAUGCAUGUUGACAGUUCUUCUCUAGUAGAACCUCGCAACACUGGUGUUAAUACAAGGAAGGGAAAAAUGACCAAGGCCGAACCAUCAGAUGGUAUUCAAGCUAAAAGUGGUGAAAUGUCAAACUUCAAUGUGGCUCCAAAUAGUAGUCAAAUGGAAAAUAUUUCGACUUUUUCUGGUAACAUGAAAACAAUGCUUAGGGCAAACCCAGAAGGUCAUCUUUUAUUGGCAAAGCAAACCGAUUUGACAAAGAUUGGCAAUCCAAUGGGGCGGGCUCCAAAUUCGAAGUAUCCAGAAGACAUGGAAGUUUCCUCUGCACAUAUUGCUCAAGGGAAGCAGCAAGGUGCUUAUGCUAGGGUUCACGGAGGGAUGUCGGUUCCUGCUAAUGUGUCUGCAAUGAACGAACCAGGUAUCUCAAGUUCAAUGCAAUAUGGUGGCCCUCUUGAUCGUGAUGGGGGGAGUUCAACUACUUUAUCUGAUGGACAUAAAAUAUCUCAGACUGGCAGGCAAAAUAAUGGCUUAGAAAUGUCUAUGCUUAGACAAGGUGUUCACCCUAGAGAUACAGGAAAAUCCCCAAUUCCUGCAGCAGCUGCAUCAUCUGCUAUGCCUUUCAAAGAAAACCAGUUGAAACAGCUUCGAGCUCAGUGCCUUGUUUUUCUAGCAUUUAGAAAUGGUUUACCGCCAAAGAAACUACAUCUUGACGUUGCAUUUGGAACCUUCUUUUCUAGAGAAGAUGGUUCUAAUAAAGAUCUGAAUGAACCCAAAGGGUCCUCAUCUGCUGGAAAAUUUCUAGAGGCUGAAUCUUUGUCGAAGGGAACUGAGAGCCCAAGAUUGUUAGAAGAUAAAGGUAACCUUCAUUCUGACACCCAGACACCUUCAGAAGACAGGAAACAUCUAGCCGCAAAAAGAGAUGUUGAAAGACGAAACCAAGAAAGAAUGGCUGCACAAUCUUCUCCAGCCACUCCAUACCAGCAGAAAGAUUCUUCAAGUACAAGGGGCCCAAAUAACUGGACUGGUUCAAACCCACAUGUCUCUCCUAUUCAACAUGAGUUGCCUAUAGAAAGAAGAGAAAACAUUCCUAGUCAGUUUCAGAAUGUUAGUAACAAUUCUGGUUCAUGGAAUCACAAUUCUAUUAAUCAAUUGACUUCUUAUUCUUCAAAAGAGCACUGGAAACCUGUUCCCGGGAUUGAUAGCAAUUCCCAUGGAGUAACCAUGAUGAAGGAUGGAAAUGUAUUGGGCAAAACCGUUUCUGCAGAGCAAGGAGGGAAUGAGAGGUUAGUAUCAGCUGAUUUUCCAUCUUCUAAAAGACUUACAAUGUCAGAGAGAUGGAUUAUGGAUCGACAGAAAAAGAGGCUUCUAGUUGGCCAAAAUUGGGUGCAGAAACAGCAGAAAGCAAAGGAAAGAAUGACUAAAUGCUAUCACAAGUUAAAGGAAAAUGUGAGCUCAUGUGAAGAUAUUUCUGCUAAAACAAAAAGUGUCAUAGAGUUGAAAAAACUUCAACUAUUAGAGCUCCAACGCCGACUUCGGAGUGAUUUUCUGAACGAUUUUUCCAAACCAAUUACAAAUGAGAUGGAACAUUUGAAAUCAAUUAAGAAACAUAGGCAUGGUAGGAGAGUCAAACAACUUGAAAAGUAUGAGCAGAAAAUGAAGGAAGAGCGACAGAAACGGAUUCGUGAGAGACAGAAGGAGUUUUUCAGUGAGAUAGAAGUUCACAAGGAAAAACUUGAUGAUGCAUUCAAAAUCAAGAAAGAACGGUCAAAGGGUUUCAAUAAAUAUGUAAAGGAGUUCCAUAAAAAAAAAGAACGUAUUCAUCGUGAGAGAAUUGAUCGAAUUCAGCGGGAGAAGAUUAAUUUGCUAAAAAUAAACGACGUCGAAGGUUAUCUUCGAAUGGUGCAGGAUGCAAAAUCAGAUCGUGUGAAGCAACUUCUUAAAGCAACUGAAAAGUACCUUCAAAAGCUUGGGUCGAAGCUACAGGAAGCAAAGAAUACUGCAGGACGGUUAGGGCUAGAUGUUGAUGAGGCAGGAAGUACCAAUUUUCUUGAGAAUAGUGAAACUACUUUGGUUGACGAGGAUGAAAGUGAUCAGGCAAAGCAUUAUAUGGAAAGUAAUGAGAAGUAUUAUAAGAUGGCCCACAGUGUAAAGGAGAGCAUAGCAGAGCAGCCAGCUAUUCUGCAUGGUGGAAAAUUAAGGGAAUAUCAAAUGAAUGGUCUGAGGUGGUUGGUUUCACUAUAUAACAAUCAUUUGAAUGGAAUCCUUGCCGAUGAAAUGGGCCUGGGUAAAACAGUUCAGGUGAUUUCUCUAAUUUGCUACCUGAUGGAAACCAAAAAUGAUAGAGGACCAUUCCUUGUUGUUGUACCCUCUUCAGUUCUACCUGGUUGGGAGUCAGAGAUAAACUUUUGGGCUCCUAGUAUUCACCAAAUUGUCUAUGCUGGAUCGCCAGACGAGAGACGUCGGUUAUUCAAGGAAAGGAUUAUUCACCAGAAAUUCAAUGUUCUUUUGACAACAUAUGAAUAUCUGAUGAACAAGCAUGAUAGGCCAAAGCUAAGCAAAGUACAUUGGCACUAUAUAAUAAUUGAUGAAGGCCACCGCAUAAAGAACGCCUCUUGCAAGUUGAAUGCCGACUUGAAACACUACCGGAGCUCUCACAGAUUGUUGUUAACUGGAACACCAUUGCAGAACAAUCUUGAAGAACUAUGGGCACUACUUAACUUCUUGUUGCCUAACAUAUUCAAUUCAUCAGAGGACUUCUCUCAAUGGUUUAAUAAGCCAUUUGAGAGUACUGGAGAUAACUCACCCGAUGAAGCUUUACUGUCUGAGGAGGAGAAUCUCUUGAUCAUAAAUCGUCUGCACCAAGUUUUGAGACCAUUUGUACUUCGGAGGCUUAAACACAAGGUUGAGAAUCAGCUUCCUUCGAAGAUUGAGAGACUUAUUAGAUGCGAGGCUUCUUCAUAUCAAAAGCUUUUAAUGAAGAGAGUGGAAGAUAAUCUUGGUGCUAUUGGCACUUUAAAGGCUCGGUCAGUACACAACUCUGUCAUGGAGCUUCGAAAUAUAUGCAAUCAUCCAUAUCUCAGCCAGCUUCACACAGAGGAGGUAGAUAACUAUAUACCCAAGCAUUAUCUGCCACCAAUUAUUAGACUUUGUGGGAAGCUUGAGAUGUUGGACCGGUUAUUACCUAAAUUGAAGGCUACAGAUCACCGGGUUCUUUUCUUUUCGACGAUGACUAGGCUUCUGGAUGUUAUGGAAGAAUACUUGACUUCUAAACAGUAUAGAUACCUCCGGUUGGACGGGCAUACAUCAGGAGGUGAUCGUGGUGCUCUAAUUGACCUAUUUAACAAACCUGACUCCCCAUAUUUUAUCUUCUUACUCAGCAUUCGAGCCGGUGGUGUUGGAGUGAAUCUUCAAGCUGCUGACACAGUGAUUUUAUUUGACACUGAUUGGAAUCCCCAGGUUGAUCUGCAAGCCCAGGCAAGAGCUCAUAGAAUUGGUCAAAAGAGGGAGGUUCUUGUUCUCCGCUUUGAAACAGUACAAACUGUUGAAGAACAAGUUAGAGCUUCAGCUGAGCACAAACUUGGUGUUGCUAACCAGAGCAUUACUGCUGGAUUUUUUGACAAUAAUACAAGUGCUGAAGAUCGAAGGGAAUACUUGGAAUCCCUUCUGCGUGAAUGUAAAAAAGAAGAAGAUGCCCCUGUUUUGGAUGAUGAUGCUCUAAAUGAUGUCUUAGCCCGCAGUGAAGCAGAGCUAGACGUGUUUGAGUCUGUUGACAGAAACAGGAAGGAACAUGAGCUGGUUACAUGGAAGAAAUUGGUGCUUGAACAUGCAACUGAUGGCUCCGAUGUUAUUCCUCCCCUUCCUUCUCGACUUGUCACUGAAGAAGACUUGAAACAGUUCAAUGAAGCAAUGAAGAUAUAUGAUGACGUGCCUAAGGGUGAGGUAGAUUCUAAUGGAGUAAAACGAAAGAGAGGAGGUCUUGGGGGCCUUGAUACUCAACACUAUGGCAGGGGAAAACGUGCAAGAGAGGUACGUUCCUAUGAAGAGCAAUGGACAGAGGAGGAAUUUGAGAAGAUGUGUCAGGCAGAAACAUCAGAUUCACCCAAAAUAAAAGAGGAAGAGAUGAGCCAUCAACCCAAUGCUUCCAGUUCUGUUGUAUCUGCUACUGUCCCACAGCCUGCUGCUACUAUCCCACAGCCUGCUGCUACUGUUGUACAACCUGCCGCUACUGUCGCACAACCUGCUGCUUUGCCUCCACUGGCCCCGAAAUUGCCAUCUGUUGAGACUUUGCCGGUACAGCAUGUUAAAGAGAUAGCACCACCAGCAAAACGUGGCCGUGGACGGCCAAAAAGAACUGCUCCAGUUAAGUCACCAGCUGCAUUAAUCUCUCCAGUAACUUCUGGAAUUGUUGAAGUAGAUAUGCAGUUACAGAAGGGAAAUAAGUCUGGACAUUUAACAUCAUCUGCUCCUGAUUCUGUUAGUCAUUCUGCUGAAGUUACAGGUGUGGGUAGACUUAUGCAGCAGUCUACCACAGGAGUGACUGCUAACGCACCUCCUGCGACUCCUCUGCCUACUAUUCCACCCAAUUCUCUGUCGACUGCAACUCCGCCGCCCACUAAUAUUGAACCUAUUCACCAGUCUAAUACAGAAGUGGCUGCUAACACACUGCCUGCCAUUCCUUUGCCUUCUCAGUCAGCUGCUACUUCUGUCUCUGUACCUAUUCAAGCAAAAGGACAUGGGCAGAAAACUCAGAGUGGUCGUGAAUUGCCUAGACGUAGAGGGAAGAAGCAGGUUGUGAUGUCACCUCCUGUGCCUGAUGGUUCUGUUGGUCCUGAUGCCAAGGUCAACGAGCAAUUAGAAGAUAAAUUAGCGAGUCCUUCAGGUCAGGGUAUUCCCCAGAGUGAAACUGUUCCUAGCGUUGCUGCUGUACUCCCUCCAACUACCAUUUCAGGUUCUGCUUCUUCAAACAGUGGAAACAAUAAUUUGGGUGCUGGGGUUGUUUUGAAUUCACAGCUACCACUUCCUUUGCCCUCCGUUACUACUCUGGCUCAAACAGCUCCCAAUUAUCCAUCUGUACAAAUGCAAAGUAAAGGGCCAAUUGGAAAGUCACAAAUUGGAGCGGGAACUUCUCGGCGCAGGGGAAAGAAACAGGCAACAAUGUCAUCUCCUGUUCCAGUUGUUUUGGGUCUUCUGGGCAGGGAUCCAACUUCUAAUUUACUGACUUCAUCUGGCGUUGUAUCAGGCGAUAAAGCCAGUGAAUUAAAAAACCUGCAGGAGAACAAUGUUCAAGAAUCAAAAUCUAUAAUCCAAGAUCAAGCAUCACAGAGUAACCGGGAUUUAAAAUCUUUGGAAGGAUCAGAUGGUUUAGCCAAGCAGGCAGAGAUCCCUCCUUCAUGUAAAGAUAGUACAGUCAAUUCUCCAGGGCAAGAUUUAGAGAAGGUUAAGAAUGCUGAUGUUCACGAUUCUUCUGUGAAGAUUAAAUCUUCUGAAAUUAACCCUUCUCAAGUUGAAGUUUGCACUAAUUCAGGGAAUGAAAAUUUAUUGGUCACAUCAUUGCCUAUUGCCGAGGUUAUAAAAGAUCAAUAUUCAGAUAAUAAAGCUCAUCAAACAGUUGUAGGUUCAAUAACUUCCCCUUUGGUUGCCGACACUCCAACCAUUUCCUCGACCGGUAGUGCAACUACAGAAAGCAUUAGUCAAUCUGUAGAUCCUGUGGCCGCAAAGAUUGUUCCCAGUACGUUUAGCACUACUUUUCCUUCAACACCAGGCUCUGAACCCAAUCCAAGCUCAUAUGAAUCUGUGCCGGUCAAAAGGCAAGGUCGUAAAACUCAAAACAGACUGGAGCCACCACGGCGCCGGGGAAAAAGAACAACUCCAGUUUUACCCGUUGCUCCUGAUGCUCUUAUUGACCAAGAUCCAAAAUUAAGUCAUCAUGCUCAGAUUUCACCAGUGAAUUCAUUGGUGGGUAUAGCCACUUCAAAUGUUACUCAAGCUCAGGCAUUUGAGAUCUAUUUGCCCGGUGGAGUAGCUAAUGAUUCCAAGAGAAAAGAGAGAACCACCAAUCCUGCCCAAAAUAAGCAACAGAAAGUUGCAUCAACAAGGAUCGAUAGUGCACCUGUAUCCUCAGAUAAGAUUGCCGCUUUAGGCCGAAUACAUAACGUCAAUGAUGUUGCAAGGGUAAUGAAAGAAGUUUUCUCUGGAACUUGUUUGCCAAAGCCUAAAGCUGCCGUGGAUGCCUCUGGUAGCCAGAGUGUGGAGGAUAAAGCAUGCUCUGCUACUGAAACUGCUGGGGCAGCCUGUCAUACUGGUAGUGUAUCAGUACACCUUCAUGAAAAACAAUCAGAAGUGGCAUCUGAUAUGCCGAAUCCGGAAGAAAACCCAAGUUUAGAAUCGCCAGCUACUGGAGCACUGAGCCUGACCCCAACCAUGCCAGGGAGUGGGAACAAACAACAACCUGGCAUUGCAUCUGAUGAAAAAAUAAUUCUUGAGAAUGCGGCUUUGCCGAUUGUCAGUAAGGCUGAUCAGAAGAGUGAAAUGGAGGCUUUUGAUAUAACUCCUCUUAAUAAUGACCUAAAGGUUGAUGGCUCUUCUGAGAAACCUCCUACUGGUUGUGGCUCUACUGAGUUGAGUAUAGAGACGGCCCCCCACAUAGGUUCACCUGUGGUUUCUCCUAAUGUUGAACGUCCUUUAGUGAAUGAUCAUAAUCUUGAAAGCCAAUCUGACUCUAUAGAGAAGUGUUCAAGGUCUUCUCCCGUUGAUAUUGAUGGCCAAGGACGCCCAACUAUUUCAUUGGCACCUGAAAUUUGUAGUAAUAAUCCCGAGUCUAGUCAGGCUGAUAUCUGCAUUCAGAGUGAUUCAUCCGCAAACAAAGCUCUUGAUAUUACAGAGAACACUUCAAAUAAAAAAUUGGAGCAUUCUGAUAGAAAUGAUACCGUGCUUCUGAAUUUGAGCUUGGGUCCUGCAUCACCUUCUGAACCAUCUUCAAAAGCAUUAGAACUCUCCAUGAAACAGCAUUCAGAGUCAGCUUCUGAAAAGGAAGGUCCUGUAAGCCCCAAAGCUGUUCAGGCUCAGAAGCAUCCAGAUACAUUAGAACCUCUUGAUCCGCGUGAGACUUCUGGGAUUGAUAGUCUAGGGGGAGGAACUACCUCUGUAACUGAAGUUCUGCCCCCAUCAACCUUGGUAAAAGGGAAAAGUAAGGUCUCAGUCCCUCUUGAGGUGUCAAUGGAGAAAGCCGUGGCUAACUGCUCUGAAAUCCAGGAGGAAGCAAAAGUUGAUAAAGUGGAAAGUGAUGAUCAAAUGGAUUCAUCCACAAGGGGCAUAUAUACCAGUUCAUCUUCACCGGAUGAAUUGAAAGAUUCUAAGAUUGAGCGGGGUGAUAAUUGUAUAUUUGAGGUUGGAGAUGAUACAUUGAAGAGUUCGUCUAAAUUAAUUGCGAUGUCUGCAUCCCAGAAUGACAAGGAAGGAUCUAAUACCGAUCAGAGUAAUUGUCCUGAUAGGUUUCAAUCUAGUCAUCUUAUGCCAGAUAACCUAGACUUGAAAAUCAAUAAAAUGACUGAAGAUUGCCCAGUGACCCUCGGUCGAAUAAUUGCUACUCAGGUUUCUGAACCCGGGGAUAAUCCAGAAAGGCUUACUUCUGAAAACAUGGAUCUGCUUCCUUCUUGCUCGCUGGGGAAGGAAGAUAAUGUUGAUGUUCAAGACGAACGACGAGAUCCUUUGAUUCCAGAGGGUAGUCCUAGGGAUGGCACCAAGGAUUCCGUUGUAAAUCCUUUACCACAAGAAAAAUCAGUGUGUUCUGAAACCAUGGAAUUACCUUCGUCAGAGAUGGAGGAAGAUAAAGUUGAUGAAUCAUCCGAAAGGGAAAUCCUCCGCAACCCACUUGCUGCUACAAAACCAGAAGAUAAUCAAAUGGAUGGUAAUGAGGAAUCAAAGCCUUUAGAAGCUGAGGAUUGGUCAUCAAAUUGA